CAACACCCCACCCACCCUCACACUGUUAACCCCACAGUACCCAACACGAGCUAGUCUAACCGGGCCCACAAGACGACGAGAUUUGUGAUUCAGAAUCGUCUCAAUUACGCUAAAGUCAGCAUUAUAUGAUACACUGGAGAAGAGACCUUGCGAAACGGAGGCGAGCCCGCAUCGCUCGGAGAUGCGCUUCAUCCUGACGUCGAGCCGCUCGUGUCGACCCUGCGCCGCUGAUGCACUGAAUCUGUUGACUAGAGAAAUCAAAUGAAGAUCGUUUAGUGCGACUUGUUUUUGCGAUCUCAGUGGGAAAUACUACGGAGACGCCAUAUAUCGUCAACAUGUUUUCCUUCUAUCGAGAAGUUUACUUCAACCUUCUCUUUAACGUUCCUUACUCUCCAAAACCGCGGGUUGGCAUUGGACGUGUGAACUAAAAUCCUUGACGACAACAGUCCGCAACUUCUUUAACUAUAUUCGCCCACACCAGUAGAAGAUGAACAGCCCACCUAAGCUAUCCGGGGAGACCCUUAUUGUCCACCACAUUCCACUGGUCCACUGCCAGGUCUCAAGCUCACGACAGUACUGUGGUAGUCCGUUGAAACGCAGCGGUAAUCCCUUCAGCUGUCCAGAGAACCUGGGACUAAGUCGGACCACCUCCUUGCCCGAGAGAGACAUUCUUCAGCGGGAGGCGCUGGUGUACAGUAGCCUUAUACAGACAUCAAGCAGCAGCCUUAGCUCCAGUGACACCUUUGGGGAUGGAGGGAUAAGGGGAGGAGAGAAACAAGGCAGAGGAGGGAGAGAAGGAAGUAUGGCGAGUGACACUUCCUCUUUCACGUCAAGUAAUUCUGAAGAUCAAUCUCAAGCCCUGCCGAUGAAGAGUCGUGAACGACUGAAUUCACGACGCAACCCUUUUCUGCUCCAUGCUGAAGAUGAAGACGAUGAGGACGAAGACAAUCUGAAUGGAUAUUUGGAGGACUCCUCUUUUCACUUGCAUGGAGAUUCGCAUGAAAUCUCAAAUGCGAUGCUCGCAAAUAAAGACUUGCCGCCUUUCCACCUGCAUGACCUUGGUUUCACCGCUGAACCUUUUCUCCUGCAUGACUCAACAGAGGAACAGUGGUGUUCUGUAAAUGAUCCAAGAGGGACAGCAGAGAGCAGAGGCGAGACGUUUGACCCCACUCACUUGGAGGGUCUGAACUUGCUGAGAUUGGACAGCCAGCGACGUCAUGGUAGCAGCGGUUCCACUCUCUCAAUGGACUGUGGCGAGCAAGAGUGGGGUGAAGAGGAUGACGACGAUUAUGAUCACUCAAUGCAGGGUGGCCGAGGAAGCUCACAGAGUUCCAGUCUGACAGCACCACACUGCACAUGUUGUGGCCUUUCCCAGCCGUACCCUGAACCGUUCCUGGAAUCCUUUCCGGAAUGCCACCUGGGCUACGGCAGUGACUCCUCUUGCAACAGCUCAGAUGGAGUGCUGGUUAACUUCAGCACGAUUUACAACAAGAUGAACAACGUCGUCCCAGCAAAGACAUCACUCAACAUCAACAGUUCCGCAGACCAAUCCUGUGCCUCGUGUGUCUCUGAGCCUGUCGCUAUGUGCGGGAAAGAAUGUAGCAGUGGGCGUGGAGCUUUCUACCUGGACUUACACACUUCCCCAACAGAACCUCAGCAUUCUUCAGCCCCUCAGGAACAUGCAAACUCUUCCUCCGUAUGCCCCUCUCAACCACAAGGUGCCACAAUGGAACUAGAUGCAAACUGUAACUCAUACCACAACCACCUAGGAAGCGAGGGUCUGUCCUCUGCCGACACCUCUGCCAACGAUCUCGUUUCGUGUCUUCAAAGCCAGGCCCGCUUGGUUGUAGCAACCCAGAAUUACUACAAGCUCGUGACGUGUGAUAUUUCGUCGCAGUCCUCUCCCAGUCCAGUGGGUUCUUCGGUCACAAGCUGCUCGGAUGAGCACAGCAAAGGAAGUCCCACUCAGCCAACAGAGUACUACCUAUUCCAACAACUAAAAGAGGACGAAGACGAGGACACAGAGCUGAAUGAAGAGAAGAUGGGGGACUCUACCCAUGAGAAUGUGAUUGAGGGGCAGGUGUAUAUCAACGUCUCUCCACCCAUGACAGUCUGCAAUUCGAUUGCUGCUUCUUCCGGGAGCGGUCGCCCUCGUUCCCGCAGCUACGACCGGAACCUAGACAAAUCUCCGUCUCCUCGACUCGGAUCGCUGGAGCGGAUGCUCAGCUGCCCCGUCCGGCUCAGUGAGAGUGCAGCCCCCAGCCCACCUCCUCCACCACGCGUUACAUCUUUUGCAGAGAUAGCAAGGAAUAAGAGGAGAACUGGAGGGUCACCAUCACAGAGGGGCGGCUUGGAGGCCACGUCCUCACACUCUCAAUCCUCUGGAGAGUUUUCACCCAUCCUGGAAGACCUUCCGCAGUGUCAGAGCCACAGUCUGCCACCACUCACUCGAUGCCACAGCCAGGGGAGCGGUGAUAUGCCAUCCCCACACAGGUCACGGAGCACACCACUGCGUGAAUCACCGGGAGGAGCGGGAAAACAGGCUCGAACCAAAGCUGAAGGUGGCCUGUCUAGCUCCACGGACUCCUCUCCGGUUAUUGUUCGCUAUAGCAAAGAUCAGCGACCAACCUCAUUACCCAUUCAGCCCUUCACUUUCCAACACCAGUUUGGAAAAUCACAAGCAAAGCCCCUCCUUCCACUUCUUGACGGAUACAUCAGUCACAUGCAGGCUCGGGGGGCUGCAGCACCUGAGGGUGGCGAAGACCACUCUGAAGAAGAACACGGACGACCUCACAGCACUUCGAACGGCCCAACAGCUGUGCGGCCGUCUCCACUGGGGAGCUACUCUCCGGUUCGUCUCCAGGGUGCGCCGACCUCUUCUGGAACCUGCUCAACAUGCACUCCGACCCCGAAUGGUCCAAGACCACCACGCUCCGUCUCUUGCCCCAUCUCUGCGGGUCUCCUGCCUCAGCAUACCCCACCUGGAUUGGCUGUACACACAGAGACUCAACCUAAACAUGCGCCAUUACCUCCUACACCGCCUCCACCUCCGCUGAUGAAGAAGAGCCCGCUAAUGCCAGCGCUGCCCACUAGAAGUCACUGUUUUCACCGUGAGAGUCUCAGUCCGCUUGGAAAGUUGGAGCCAGCGCCACAGGAAGAGCCGGUGAAGGUUUUACCUGCGUGUGUGACACAGCGGCAGCCCAAUGUACACCACCUCUCCCCGCAGGCACUGAAAUGGAGAGAGUACAGGCGAAAGAAUCCUCUGGGUGUGGAGCGUGGCAUAGAUGGCUCUCAUUCGCCAUCUUGUGCUCUGGAAAGCAAGAGACCCGGAACUCGUGUCAUGAGACGCAAUGUGUUCGAUUUCCCUCCGACCAAUCAACCGCUCGGCUUCAGCAGAUUUAAUGGUCAGUCGUUUAGGCAAUUGCCGCAGUGCUACAGCGACUUCCUGCCGGAUUAUUUCUCUCAGACAGAGCGCCCCCCAGAGGAGUUCUGUUUAUCUCCAGAUGCUAAUACAGAUGAAUCCAUCUCGAUAGAUCUGUUACAGAAGAGAGGUUUGGUGAAGACCAUAAACACAGCAGUUGAUCUGAUAGUUGCUCAUUUUGGGACCAGCCGUGAUGCUGGCGUUAAGGCUAAACUGGGGAAUAGUUCUGUCAGUCCUAACGUGGGUCACUUGAUUCUGAAGUAUCUGUGUCCUGCCAUCCGUGAGAUACUGCAGGAUGGACUGAAAGCGUUUGUACUGGAUCUGAUUAUCGGGCAACGCAGAAAUCAGCCCUGGAGCGUAGUGGAGGCCUCUACACAACUUGGUCCCUCCACACGGGUUUUGCACAGUCUGUUCUCAAAAGUCUGUCAGUAUUCAGAGCUGACCAACAACAACAUGAGGUUCAAUGCCUUCAUCUUUGGCCUGCUAAACUUGCGGUCUUUGGAAUUUUGGUUCAAUCACAUCUAUACACAUGAAGACAUCAUAGCAGCACACUACCAACCAUGGGGUUUCCUACCCCUAUCUCAAGGGGCGUGUCAGCCGCUUUUUGAAGAGCUUCUGCUCCUGUUACAACCACUGUCACUGUUACCCUUUGACCUUGAUUUGCUAUUCGAGCCACACCAGCUACAAAAAGGGGAAGAACACCUGAGACGCAAAGAACAGCUGUGCUCGGCCCGCCAAAGCCUAGACCUAUCAGAUCGCUCCACCUUCCAGCUCAUGAGAGGUGGUGGAAUGUCAGAGUCUGGCACACAGGAAGUAGACAUGGUGCCUCCAAAAGAAAGGUUUAUAUUGAGAGAAGAAGAUGCCCGGCUUAAGAUGGAGGCAGCCGCGUUCAAGAUGAAAUGCGAUGGGCGGAAGUGUGAUGGAUCGAGCUGUGAAUCACUGGCUAAGGAGGCUGGAGUUGGCAAAGAGUGUUUACGAAAGAGUGAUGUGCUAGAGGGAGGUGGAUGGAGUGCUGGCAGGAUAAAGGGAGUUGGAGAAGACAGCGAGAAGGAGAAAAGAAGAGAAAGAGACGGAGACCCAUCCAGACAGCGAAACCGACAAGCUGGCUGGUGGUACCAGCUCAUGCAGAGUUCACAGGUUUACAUUGACAAUUCUGCCGAAGGCUCGAAGUUUGUAAAGUGGGAGAAGAGGAGGAAAGGAGGCAUUGAGAGUCAUAGGCAAAGCCAUCCACCUCCUCGAGAAGGUGUAGUCGAGGGGGCCGAGGCUGUCCAGCAGAUGGAUGAACAGGUGGAACACGGUCAGACCAGGAAUAGCAAUAAAAAUAACCUUGGCAAUGGUGUUCUCAACCAAUCAGCAUUGACAGAACCCACCAGCGCUACAAAGGGGAAGCCAUCGUGGAUGGGAAGUCCACCAGAAUCAGUUCUUAGUGAACUGAAGAAGAGUAAGGAGAAGCAGCCAAACCCUCAAGAUGCAGAUGAAGGGGUUCAGAGUCAGGCGGGAACAGGGGAGGAUGGGUCGACACAGGGGCUGCGUUGGGGUCGGCUGUUUGGAGCUGGAAAUGCAGGCAAGGGGGAGAAAAUGGAUCAGAAAGCGGUCAGGAAACAACGAUUGCCAUCUGGUUGGUUGAGCAUCGACCGUUCCGUGUUGGAUCUGGUAGCCUAUUCGGUUGGAAUGGGAAAAAGAGCGGAGCAACAAUCUCUCACAUCUCAAAGCCAAGAUUCCCAACUUAGCCCAACUGAAGAAGCACAAACACAGAAUUCACAUACACAAAGACAAGCCCCACGUGAAGUGAAGGCGUUAUGCCAUCAUAUUGCCACAGAGCCGGGUCAGCUCAGUUUCCACAAAGGUGACGUGCUGCAGGUACUCAGCAGGGCGGACCCUGAAUGGCUGAUGUGCGCUCUGGGUGACAGCCAGGGUCUUGUUCCCAUCAUAUACAUCACUCUGAUCGAGGACAGUCAGGAGCCCCAACGCUGAAACACUGAAGCACGGGCUCUGAUAAAGAAGGGUGUAAGAUGGGGCACGGAAAGAGGGUCACUGCUUCUUUGAAUAUAAAAGCUGCUGCACAAGAUUUUAGUCCGAUAGAUUCAUUUUGUGCAUGUGUAAACAUCAAUACACACAGUAAUCAUUUGUUUGCUGUUGUGAAAGAGACCUCUUUGUUUUUGUAAAUAGCAGUGAUUCGAAAGUGUAGAUCUAGUUAUUUAGUAGUGAAAUUGUUUGCGAUGAACCAUCAGGUUUUGCAAGUUAGCUUUCAAAUCAUGUCAGUAGCCUUUAAAAAAAAAACAAAUGAAGUUGUUAUAUAUACUAGACACUACUGGCACAUGCCUGGGGUAUACUGUAUAAAUACUGUAUUAUGUUAUGAAAUCUAGACGUUAACCAAUGUAUGUGUUGCGACCUGAAGUUUGCGCACAUGCCUGUCGAGGCAGCGCGUAACCUAGAGGUCAUCCAGAAACAUUUCAGUCUUACACGCAAGUGAUAAGCUGUUCAUGUGAAUAACUGUAUGAAAUCCAGCUGAAUAAGGGAAAUCUCGAUGGCAGUCAGUGAACUGCCCUUCUGUUUUGAAGUCUACAGGAAUUGAUUGAAUUAACAGGAGGAAAAAACUAAACUUUGACGGGUGAAACAGUUAGCCUGUCAGCAUUGUGUCUUUUACAAUUUGAGCUGCUUUGACAGGUUAGUGGUCAUCACUACAGUCUCCACCACUUGAUUUCAUGUUUUGUUUUUCACUAAUAAGGGAAAUAUACAGCAACGUUUUCUUGCAUGGGAUGGAGUGCACUACAAUGAUUUGCAUUUCAAAUACUGAACUGAAGAGUUCAGAGUAGAAUUAAACUUUGUCUUUUACCGUCAUUGUUUUAUUUCCCUUCCUACGUUUGCACAACCUGCAGAAAGGAAGAUGUUUCUGCUGUUUGCCCACUUUGUUUUGGUUUAAAUGGCUAUAUACAGUAGAUUUAUAACGAUAAUGUAUGUUUUAACUGAACAUGGAGGUGUGUAUAGUAGGUAGUUGAACAGAUACUAAAAAAGGAGUUAAAUGGGGUUGAGUGUAAACCAGUUCCUCUCCAAACACACACAUUAAAAUGCACAAUAAUAUUUAUUUAUUGAUCCAGAGUUUGCUUCAGCGAACACUAUGAGCUUUAUUAACUAACAGUUGAUUAUACACAAACAUCUAAAAGCUGGUAAAUAAACAUCCCUCUGCUUUUGCAGCGGUGGACAAAGAGAGAAUAUAGGACAGGGACUCUUCAACAAUGAAAUAUUGCAUUGGUACCAUCUGAACAUUUAUGAAAUAAUGAUCAUUUGAUGUGCUAAAUUAAACUCAAGGUGAGGCCUUAUGGAUAGGAAUGUGAAUUAAGACAUUAAACGGUUAUUUUAGGACUGAAGUAUUUUCAGAAUAUUUCUCAGAAAUUAACAUGGGUCCUCAGUUUGAUAUGAUUUAGCUUAAAGUAAUAUAUAUUUUAAUUUGAUUUGAUCAAAUUGCAUUAUUGAAACAUCUCUAGAUGACAAUGUUAACGUAUGUUUUUGUUAAAACAGUUCUAUUAUGAUUUGUAUUGUUUUCUAUUUAAGAAAUGCAUUUGCCAUUCUUGUCUGUAUUUGUAAAUAUGUUGCAUUCUUGAAAGGGAAAAUGACAUUAUUAACUAUUUGUUAAUAACAACCUAUAACACAUUGUUAUUGUUGAAAAUUAACAAAAAUAAACUAUUCAGAUAGUAUGUAGGCUACAAUUUAUUGUUAUGGGAUGUUAUGAGUAGAAGACAAUGCUGUCAUGCAAAAAGCUGCGCAAUUUAGAUUCAGGUGCCGCUUUAGGUCUUUUCUUUAUCACUCGAGAGUUGUAUGUUGGUCUUCCAAAUAUGCUUUGCUUUUCAAAAUCCAACCCAUGAAUAUCGGAGAGAGAGAUUGUGAGUAUAAAAGCUGUCCAGUGCCUUUUUUUUGAACCAAUGUGUCUGCUAGUAGGAGUGUUCAUACUCAUUGUGUCUUCUCACGAGUUUGGUGACACCACAGAUAUUUUCUCUUGUAAGCACUGGUCUUUACAAAGAGUACAAAGAUACUAUGAUCGGUUUUGGUCAUAGUCUGCUGUCAUCGUUCCAUGCUGAUUGAUCGAGGAUAAACAAUCCUGAGAUAAAGACUUGGUAGAGUGGUUGAUGUAUGAUUGUGUAAUGAUCUCUCUCCCCCCUUCUCACUACCUGCUGCGGUCAUCCAAGAUUUUCUUUCUUGCCUGUACUGUAUAUAUAACACUUGUAGCCCACCUGGCUCUCCUGUCCCUUCGGUGUGACCAUGCUGUGCUUCUGUAACAUUAUCACCAUGUAUGUAUAUCAAUAACAGAGUGCUCAUGUGAUC